ACGGAAUGGGCGAAGCAUAUCGGAGAUGUCUUCGAUCUGGACCUUCCUCAACUGAUUCCGUCGAUUCUCCGGAUCCCUGAAUCGGUCAAGGCCUCUGAUCCCCAAUCCUUCUCUCCCCAGAUGGUGGGUCUCGGACCCUUUCACCAUUUCCAGGCUCCACUCUGGGAAUUGACGGCCACGAAGCGCCGCUUCAUCCAACAGGGCCUGCGGCGGCUCUCAGGCUUCGACGACUUCCGUGCUUUCACCGGCGAGGUGGUGGCGCCCCUGCUUCCGCUCAUCCGGGCACAAUACGGCGACGCGACACGCAUCCUCGACAUAAGCGAUUCGGCUCUCGGGUCCCUCAUAGCAAUUGAUUGCCUGUUCCUGUUGGAACUAUUGCUGUUCACGGCCGGUUCUUCUGAAUCUUGCUCGGCGGAAGUAGAGUCCGAGAAAUCGAGCCGGCUGGGAUCCCUUCUGAUGAACGAUGCCCUGAUGCUGGAAAACCAGAUCCCCUUAUUUUGGCUCAUGGAUCGCGCAUGUUGCCAGCUUGAUUUGGCUCGCGUUUGUGACCGAAUUUCUCCCAUCAAAUUGCAGCAGGCCGCGCCGGAGGAUUGCCGCCGCCUCCCUGGGCAUUUGUUGGAGUACUUGUACUUCCGGAUAGUUGGCGCCGCUUCGACAACCAGUUCAUCGGAACAGUCUUCCCAUUCGAGCCCCGUUGCCUGGAUAAUGGAAACGGUCCCUGCUGGGUUGCUGAUCGGGCAAAUAUCUAAUGGAGGCGACAACGGUGAAGCGAUUGACGUGUUGAAGUUUGCCGCCAAAAAAGCAGGUGGUAGCUGGUUGGGUGGCGCGUUGUCCUGGUGCCUCGACCUGGGGAUUUUUAAGUUCCUCAACCGAUAUCUACAAGAAGAGGAGGCUUUGAUCCCUACCGCUUCCCAGCUGGCUCGUGGCCUCGGCGUGAAAUUCCUCUGCAGACCCAACCCGUCGGAAGGUAGGAUAAUUACGAUCAGCUUCGACAAACAGGGG